CUGAAGAACCAAACUGGAGGAUCACAAACAGGAUUGUCUGGAAUAUCUGGAUGGUUCUGUUCCGAGAACCCUGCCUCCAUUCUAGAACCCUGCCUCCAUUCUAGAACCCUGCCUCCAUUCUAGAACCCUGCCUCCAUUCUAGAACCCUGCCUCCAUUCUAGAACCCUCCCACUCCCAUGCUGUACUGCAGGUGAACCCCAUCCAGGACCCAGAGGAUGAGACGUAUCCAGGCCCUCGUCGUCAUGGCCUUCCUGUGCAGCCUCUGCCUCAUCUUCUUGUACUCCUCACUCAACCUCCAUCUGGCCCACAGACACAGAGGUCUCAGCCAACUCCAGGUCUCAGCCAACUCCAGGUCCGAGGCCAGCUUUGAAACCCUGUCCACCAAGCCGGUCCCAACGUACCUCAGACUGACCCCCACCAAGGACAGUACAAAAAGUGUCCCUACUCAGUUCACUGUUAAUCCUACUCCCGAUCUUCACCAAGCUGCUGUCUUUGCCGCCAUCAAGAAGGCUAUACCUCAGAACACAGCCUAUUGGAACCGCGUGUUUUACUCUGGCAUGGGACGACUGGACAAGGGGGGGAACUCAACAAGACAGGAGGGACUGGACUGGUCCCAUUGCCGACACAACCCUGAGCAGCUGCGGACAAACAUUCAUGACUUUACUUCCUAUCCAGAACUCCACCAGGACUUCCUGCUUGGGAUGGAGUGUAGAAACCCUCCUAUCCUGAUUGACCAACCAGAGAAGUGCACCUCGGAAGACGGAGAAACCUUCCUCCUCUUCGCCAUCAAGUCGACCCCGAGGAACUUUGAGCAGAGACAGGUGGUACGGGAGACGUGGGGGCGAGAAGCGGUGUAUGGAGGAGGGGUCAGAGUUCGUAUAGUGUUCCUGCUGGGAUCCUUAUCAUUGGAGGAGCCCGACCUGAGCCAGCUACUGGUGUUUGAGGCGCGUCACCACGGCGACCUCCUCCAAUGGGACUUCCACGACUCGUUCUUCAACCUCACACUGAAGGAGCAGGUGUUCUACAGGUGGGUCCUGAGCCGCUGUCCUAAAGUCUCCUUUGUCUUUAAAGGGGAUGACGAUGUCUUCGCCAACACUGAGGCCAUACUGGGCUACCUGCAGUCCCUGGAGCCUAACAAGAUCUCAAAGCUCUACCUGGGCCAGAUGAUCUCCACUGCUAGUCCCCUCCGCGACUCUAAAAGCAAGUACUACAUCCCCCCGACCUUCUACGACGGGCCUUACCCUGCGUACGCCGGGGGAGGAGGCUACCUCUUCUCGGGGUCGUUGAUCAGACAGCUUUACAGCGUCUCCAAGUUCCUCCCUUUCUACCCCAUCGACGACGUUUACUCCGGGAUGUGCUUCAAUGCACUGGGAAUACUUCCAGAGGCACACAAUGGCUUCCAGACGUUUGACAUACGCGAGCAGGACCGGGAGAACCCGUGUGUUCAUAAGAAUCUGCUGCUGGUGCACCGGCGGAGCCCUCGGCAGAUCAUUCGACUGUGGAGGAGCAUACACAACCCCGUGCUCAUAUGUUAAGGGCUUUCACUGAGCCUCGGUGGUAGAUGUUGACCCCCUCCCCUCCCCCCCAUCUCACCACUGACACAGGGUCAGAUGUUAAAUAACCAAUUUCCUCUAUUCAUAUGCUGAACUAUGGUUGCACAUUUUUUGGGAACUCUCAAAUUCCCUCGUUUUUCAGAAACCCCGGUUGGAGGGUCCCUGGAUUUCCUGCUUCUUCCUUCCUGAUUUGCGGGAAUCUGCCAACCGGGAUUCCGUAAAACCAGGGAAUUUAUUGAAAUUUUGCAACCCGGAUUUUUGCAGCUGACCACACAAGCCAUGUUCAAAUGCUGAAUGGCCUGAUUGAGCCAGAUGUCUUUCCACCCCCUAAUGGUUAAGAUCUGAUCUGAGGGCCUUAUCUACCUCUUUAGCUUCACUCGGGGAUGUUUUCCAUGACGAUGGUUGCAAAAAUCCAUUAACUUUCCCAAAAUGUUAAGGUUUUCUAGAAAUCCUGGUUGGAGAAUUCCAGAUUUCCUGUUUUAUUCGCUCCUUGUUUUUUCUUCUUGAAAACCAGGGGAUUUUUGCAGCCCGAGUCACGACACUCUGGCUGAACAACGAUGCACUGGAACUGU